AAAGAGUACAUUUUAGUGAUUGCUAUGAAAUGCAGUGCAAAACGUAUUUUCGCGAAACACUAGUUAAUUGCAAAUUACUUUUAAUUAAACCGUUUUUAUGGCAAACAUAGCUCUCGAGUGCAUAUCAUAUCAAUUGAUACACAUUUUAAACAUUGAAUUAAUAUAUUUGCAAAACAAUUGACUGCAAAAAGCCAUGUAUUGAGUGAAUGAUACGAUUAAAGCCUUGAAUUGUAUUACUGUUUGACUUUUAUUGCGUUAAAUGUUUUGAUAAUAAUAACAAUAAUCGCGUCAAUCGUUGGUCUCUUUGGACUCAAUGGUAAUGUCUUUCAACACAUUAGUGGAUGUAUUGCUGCAGAGGUAUGAGGACUACGAGUUGGACGACUGUCCGUACGAAGUGUUUGUCGUCGGAGGCGUUUCGCCCGGAAAUAAAUCAGGCAAUCAUUUAAUCCUUCCUCCGGCGCUUUCGCUCAACAAAUGUCACGUAAAGAGCGCGGGCUCUGAGAAAAAGAUCCGCGAGUUGUGCGCCACUGUCGAGGAACUGGAUUUGGCCUCAAAUUGCAUUAUCGAUAUGCGAGAGAUUUACAAAAUCACGCGAUCGAUGCCUAACUUGCGAUUCAUAAACUUAAGUGAAAACGAUUUAUCCAAAUGUAAUAUCGAAAGUCUAGACGAACACCGGUUUGAAAACAUUAAGAGUCUUGUGCUGAACAAUACCCGCAUCCCGUGGUAUGCGCUCAACAUUCUGCUCGACUCUAUGCCGCGUAUCGAUGACUUACAUCUCAGUCUUAAUAAUUAUUCAUCCAUUGAGUUAAACUCGGGCCACAAAUAUCCGAACCUUAAGUACCUAUACAUUAGCGGCAAUCCAGAGCUGUCCGAUUGGGAGGACAUCAAGAAACUGAUGCGAGCCUUUCCAUGUCUUGAGGGCUUAUCGAUGGCUGAUUGCAAUAUCUCGUCCAUACCUGAAGACGCCAUUAACUAUUUGCCGAAUUUGCAAAGUCUUAAUAUAACCAAUUGGCCCAUCAUUUCGUGGCAAUGCAUCGAAAGACUCAAUUAUUUGCCAAAACUAACUCAACUUCGCUGUCAAGGACUUCAUAUUCUUAAUCAUAUUGAAGAGACAGAGAGUCGACGCCAUCAUCUAAUCGCACGAUUACCUAAUAUUCAACGCCUAAAUGGCGGUGAUAUCAGUGGAGAUGAAAGAGUUUUUGCUGAAAAGGCUUUCCUUCGGUGGUAUGUCAUCAAUGAACACAUAGAAAAGCCUCAAAAAUUUUAUGCGUUACAAUCAAUUCACGGAAGAGUGGAUCCGUUGGCAGAAUUGGAUUUCUCGCCUCCAAAGCACGCGGACGUCGAAGUGGUCUAUAAUGAAGACGAAGAGAUAGAUUUAACGAAUGAAGACAACGACAAAAUUCAGACUAAAAAUUUGAAAUUAGAUUUAAAUAAAUCGGUCGGAGAUUUCAAAUCUGAAUUAGGGUCUAUGUUCGGUGUGUCUCCCACUCGGAUGCGUGUGUUUUAUGUGGACAGCGAGAUGUCGGACCUAAUAGGGCCGGAAUUGUUGCGCUUCAAUCAAAAGAAGUUAUACACAUAUAAUGUUAGAGAUGGCGAUCAGUUCUUAAUCGAUCACAAAUGACCAAACAUUUGGUUUGCAUUUAAUUUGCAUUUUGUGUUUAAAAUAUAUUUUCAAAUCAUUCACUGAUUAUUUGCAUUAAUAUAACUACAGUAUAAAUAUUUUAUUCAAAUUUUCAUUUCAUCGCAAAUAUGUAAUCAAUAUGUAAUAUAUUGGACAAACCCGUGAAUUUGUUUUUAAAAUUUAAAUUUUAUUUUCCGUUCGACAGUAUAUAUACACAUAAAUAUAAUAUAAUUAAUUAUACAUUAAAAUAUACCGGUAUUAACCUAUUAUUUUGAGCC